GGCUACACUGCGGGACAGGGGUUGCCACAGCGAAUGGCGAGUGAGACAGCCUGCGUGCUGGAGCCCGUCCAGGCCAACGGGGCUUGCCGCUGGCGCUGCCCUGAGCACAGCGAACGCCCGGCUGAGCUCUUCUGUCGCCGCUGCAGCCGUUGCGUGUGCGCGCUGUGCCCGGUGCUGGGUGCCCACCGCGGCCACCCGGUGGGCCUGGCCCAGGAGGAGGCUGCGAGCGUGCAGAAACUCUUCCAGGACUGUUUAGAGUGUUUGGCGACCAAGAAGCGGCAACACGCUGACAACAUAGCCCACUUGGAAGACGCUGGGGAAAAGCUCAAGGUUUACGCAGACUCAAGUAAAGCCUGGCUGACACAGAAAUUCACCGAACUCAGGUUACUCCUUGAUGAAGAGGAAGUACUGGCCAGACAAUUCAUCGAGAAGAACACAGAGCUCACCCUCCAGGUGUACAGGGAGCAGGCCGAGUCUUGCAGGAAGCAAAUUGAGGUCAUGGAUGAUUUCUCCACUAGGGUGUGGGUCAUGAGCCUGGAGCCCAACCCCGUUCAGCUGCUGCAGGCAUAUGUAGCCACUAAGUCAGAGAUGGGACAGCAGAUGAGCCCCCCGGAGCUGAGCCACCCUGUGCCCCUGUCCUUCGAGCCCAUCAAGAACUUCUUUAAGGAGUUUAUGGAAGCCAUCCGGGACACUUUACAGACACCAAUGGACACUCGCCUGAAGGAAAACAUAAACUGCCAGCUCUCGGGAUCCUCCAGCGCCAAGCCAGGCACCCUGUUGAAAAUCAGCCCUUCUCCGGAGAGAUCACUCUUCCUGAAAUACGCCCGCACGCCCACUCUGGACCCGGACACGAUGCACUCGCGUCUGCGGCUGUCGACAGACGGACUGACUGUCCGCUGCGCACUGCUAGGCCGCCUGGGGCCGCGCCCCGCGCCCCGGUUCGACGCCCUGCGUCAGGUGCUGGGCCGCGACGGCUUCGCAGCCGGCCGCCACUACUGGGAGGUGGACGUGCAGGAGGCGGGCGUGGGCUGGUGGGUGGGCGCGGCCUACCCGUCACUGCGGCGCCGCGGGUCCUCGGCCGCCUCCCGCCUGGGCUGCAACCGCGAGUCGUGGUGCGUGAAGCGCUACGACCUCGAGUACUGGGCUUUCCACGAUUGCCAGCGAAGCCGCCUGCGACCCCGCCGCGACCCCCACCGGAUCGGCGUCUUCCUGGACUACGAAGCCGGCGUGCUGGCCUUCUACGACGUGGGCGGUGGCAUGAGCCACUUGCACACCUUCCAUGCCACCUUCCAGGAACCACUCUACCCGGCCCUGCGCCUCUGGGAGGGGGCCAUCAGCAUCCCCCGGUUGCCCUAGGCGACCGUGCUUCCUUUUCUAGGCUGGUCUACAGGCUCUGCCCACGCAACCCAGGCGCUGCCUGUGUCUGGGACACCGUCGUGCAGCGCUUAGAACCUCCUGGCACACAGCAGGCACACAGUAAUUUUCAUUGAAAGAUUCCCGGCGGAGGCACUGUAUCUCCUUAAAGGACCCCAUGGGAGUCACCUGCUCUCCACUUCAGUUUAUCUCGGCCACCUUGAGCCAGAGAACCCGAGAGGGUUUCUAAUCUCCCGCUCCUCUCGCAUCUUCAUCUUCUACACUUAAACCAGGGUGAACUCAAAUAUGUACAAGAAAAAAUCAGGAAGGCCUUCUUAGCGUCCCGGCUUUUCUGGCCUGCUCUUUGACAGGACAUAGCUAACAUGGGAGAUGUACACUUGAUGCUACAUCUUCAUCUACAAAAGACAAGAGCUUUUCCCACACACACCACUGCAGGGGCCAAGCCAGGCAUCUCUUAACAAUCGUAUCAGGCGUUUAUCACGCAAGUUGUCCACCGUACACUUGAUCCUUACGUCCCUUCAAAGUGGGACAUGAGCCCAUCGUCCACGCAGCAGAAUUGGUACGCUUGAGUCAGGUGACUGACUGCCCAAGGUAACGGAACCGGUUGCAGUCAGGGUCUGUGCUCCCAGCAGGUGGUGUGGACACGGCAGCCUGGCUCCCUGUUGGCAGUGGCCACCCUAGCUUUCCCACCUGCUUUCCUUGGGCCGAAUCUGCCUCUAGAUUACGUCCGCUGGUCUCUGAGAUGGGUUUCCUACCCUUCACAGUGUGGGGUGGGAUUGUUAUGAGUAUAAAGUUUCCCAUCAGCUGUGUGGCCUCGGGCAAGACGCGUUCUCCUCAUGGCCCCCAUCUGUGAAAUGCGGGCCAGUGCCAGAAGACUCCAGGGAGCCAAAGCUAGUGAAAUUGCCUUAAUAACUACUUUGUAUCGGGUUAGGAUCUCCAACAGAUUCUCCCCUGUACCCCGUCACAGUGUGGGACCAUGGAUACCCAGCAGCUGGGUGGCAGCCGCCGGGGCUGCCCUAAUACACUCAGGGCAGUUUUCUUGGAAUUCAUGUUCUUGAAGGUAGAAGGCAUCUGUCUUGAUGCUCUUGGUUUUGUAGAAUUUACCUCAAAGGUAAACCACAAAUUGUUUUCCCAUGGUGUGUGGGUUAGAACCAGAGUGGCCUUGCGCAUCCCAGGUGUGUGCCCCACGGAGCUACACUCUGACCCCAGCGGGUGUUUGUUUUGUAAGAAAAGGGCUUAGUCCAGGCCACCCUGAGGGGAAUGGAGGACAGACACCUGUCUCAAAUGUCCAGCUUCAAGGGCCAGACCGUGGAACAUAAGAUUUCUGAGACUGGGCUCGGCAGGGACUGACUCUUCUGAGCGUUCUCAGACCUGGGGCCGGCUGCUGUGAUUUCUGGACACUACCUCCCAGAGAGGCUUGUGUAUCGUUUCCUUUGGGCACAUGGUUUCAGUCCAUGUUGGCUAGUGACAACCAUAUUUGUAAAUGACAAGUUCUCUAAUA